CAACACAAAAAGAAAGUCUUUGGCAACACUCAUGAGACGGGACAACAAGCAAAUAACAGUAGACUUCGUGUAAGCAUUCGACCUGCAAAACGUUUGGCAGUAUUCUCAAGAAACAGUCGAUUUGUGGUUUUGAAGCAAGUUUCCUUUUGGACCUCUUGGAAUAGGUUUAUUUUCUCUGGAACUAUUGGUUCCUCGCGCAGAAGCGGAUUGGUUCAAACCCAAGAAGAAAGGGCCAGUCAAGGUGGAAGUUUGAAUUGAUCAUGACAUCCUUUGACCUGUGGGGGAGCAGUGAACUAUUCUCCUCUGGAGUAUGGUCCCUGAGAAACCUGAUCCACAGGAUGCCGACCACCCCUCCCUCCUCCCUCGACGCCCACCCACCAGCUUUCCCGCCCUUUUCCUUUACCACACCACCCGCCCCCCCCUGUUCCCCGUACCCCUCCCCACCAUGCUCUCCAUGGCCUGGGGUGAAGGGGAUUGGAGGGUCCGGAGGGGUGACCCUGCGUUCUCCAGCCACUCGUCACCUCACACACCUGGACCCCUGGAGGAGGCAUAGCUGGGAGCCCGGGGCUGUGGUGACAGUGCAGCAGCAGGGGAUGGAGCCCAGCGACAACCACAGUGUGAGUCUGGAGAACCUGGAUCCGGAGGAGAUGGAGAAGGUUCUGGGAGCGGCGCUGGGCAUCCGGCGAGUGGGCAGGAACCCCAUCACUCAGGAGGGCUCCUUGUUUUCCCUCACGGAGGAGGAGGCAGGGUCCGACCUGCAGCACUACUCCGUAUUGGAGGAACAGUCCAACCAGCUGCAGGGCUGCAGUGCGUCGGCCCCAACCCUCAGUGUGGUUCGUCGCAGCAACCCUCCCAGCACGGGCCCCCGACCAGGCUCCAACUGCUACGAGACUUUACCCUACAGUCAAAUUGGAGGAUCCACACAGAGUGUGGAUAGGGACCUGGGUCUUCUGCUCUGGGGGAGAGAGGGAAGCUGGACGGAGGUCACGAGAGACGAGGCCCAGGAGGAGGUGACAGGCGGCCCUUUUGUGCGCACCUUCAGUUUCCUACGCAAGAUGGCCGGCAACCGCAAGAAUAAGGAGAAGGAACGCAUGAGGGAGAGGGAGAAGGAGGCGCGGGACAGGGAGGCGCGCUACAGCAACGGGCAUCUCUUCACCUCCCUCACCGUGUCGGGGACCACCCUCUGUUCAGCAUGCAACAAGAGCAUCACUGCCAAGGAGGCCCUCAGCUGCCCCACCUGCAGUGUAACCAUCCACAACCGCUGUCGAGACACGUUGCCAAACUGUGCCAAAAUGAAACAGAGGCAACAGAAGAUGGCUCUCAUGAGGAACAACUCGGCUCUGCAGAGCGUGACCCUUCGUACCAAAACCCCCAUGAUGAGGGAACGCCCCAGCUCCGCCAUCUACCACUCUGACAAUCUCCGCCAAUCCUUGCUGGGCUCGCGCCGUGGACGCUCCGGCCUUUCCCUCUCCAAGAGUGUCUCCACCAAUAACAUUGCAGGGAACCUGAAUGAUGACUCUCCCUUGGGGCUGCGCAGGAUCCUGUCCCAGUCCACAGACUCGCUCAACUUCAGGAACAGAGCUAUGUCCAUGGAGUCGCUCAACGACGAGGGAGAAGUGUACUACGCCUCCAUGCUGGAGGAAAUGGAGAUUGAGGGGCGGGAUUUUGAGGCGGACUCAUGGAGCAUGGCGGUGGACUCGGGCUACCUGCAGACGCAUCGCAAAGACAUCAUCAAAAGGCAGGACGUCAUCUAUGAGCUGAUCCAGACAGAGCUGCACCACGUGCGGACACUUCGCAUUAUGGAGCGGGUGUUCCGCCAGGGCAUGCUGGAGGAGGUGCAGCUGGAGCCAGGCGUGGUGCACGCCAUCUUCCCCUGCCUGGACCGCCUCACUGGCAUCCAUGUACGCUUCCUGGCACAGCUGCUCACACGGCGCAACCACAGCCUGCAGACUGGCAGCACCUACAACUUCACUAUCCACCAGCUGGGAGAUGUGCUGCUGGAACAGUUCUCGGGCCAAUGUGCUGACGAGAUGAGAAAGACCUACGCUGAGUUCUGCAGCCGCCACCUGAAGGCUGUCAAGCUGUACAAGGAGCUGCUGGCCAGAGACAAGAGGUUCCAGUACUUCAUACGGCGGGUGUGUCGGGGUCACCUGUUGCGUCGCCAUGGCGUCCAGGAGUGCAUCCUGUUGGUCACUCAACGCAUCACCAAGUACCCUGUCCUCAUCCAGCGUAUCCUUGACAACACCAAGGACAAUGAAGAGGAGGCCUCCUGUCUGACCCAGUCCCUGACCCAGAUCAGGGAGCUACUUAGCUCAGUGGACCAGCAGGUGAUGGAGCUGGAGCGGACUCAUCGGCUGCAGGAGAUCCGGGCCAGGCUGGACCCACGGGUCGAGGCCAAGGUGAGGGACGGGGGCCUGUUCAGGGGAGGAGAGUUGCUCCGCAGGAGACUCAUCCAUGAGGGAACGCUGCUCUGGAAGACCCCUGGGUCCAGGCUCAAAGAUGUGCAGGUCCUGCUGAUGACAGACAUCCUAGUGUUCCUACAGGAAAAAGACCAGAGGUUCAUCUUCCCUUGUCUAGACAAGUCUCCGGUCCUCUCCCUGCAGAACCUCAUGAUUAGGGAGAUAGCCAAUCAGGAGCGAGGGCUCUUCCUCAUCAGUGACUCCUCUCCUCCGGAGAUGUACGAGGUCCAUGCUGCCUCAAAAGAUGACAAGAACACCUGGAUACGCAUCAUACAGCACACUGUCAGCAGUUGUCCUUCCAGGGAAGAGUUCCCACUCAUAGAGACUGAAGACAAGGCCCUUCUGAGACGACUGAAAGCGGACAUCCAGCAGAAGGACCGGGAGGUGCUGGAGCUGCUCCAGGAGCGGGUCACAUUGUUCUCGGACCUGGCUGAGGUGACGGGGGGUCAGGAGGUCAUGCUGCCGGGGGGCCCCAACUCCCGGAACCUGUUCCGGGCCGACACACCCCAUGCGCCACUCGGCGAGAGAUUGCUCACUGAUGCCAUCGCAGAGGUGGAUAGGCUGAGUGAGCUACUCCUGGGCUCCACCUUUGAAAUGCCUCUGCCCUGCAGUUUCAACGGUCACCCGAACCACACGGGGGCGCUAGUGAUCAACGGUCAGGAGGUGGUUGUCAAUGGAACGCACGGGUCCCCAGCAGCAAAGGACCGGAAUGGGAAUCAGGCUGGAGAUAGGCCCUCAACUGAGGAAGCAUAUCAGAGGCUGGUCAACCUUAGUGCCUACCUUCAUGCCCUCCAGGGCACCGUGAUCAAGCAGGACUCCAUCCUGGAGCUCUGCCUGCGCUCUGAAGGCCCACCAGUCGACACCCCGACCACGCCCACCGGACGGGUCUGGCACUCCCUGUCACGUGACGCGGGCAUGGCUGAGGCCAGCACGGGGGUAGCCAUCGGGGAGCUGGCCCUGCUCCAGAGGCAGCACAGCCUCCUGCAGGAGGAACUCAGUAGGCUGCGGGGUACCGAGGGCCGCCUGAGGGAUAGCGAAAAGGCCCGCGCCCAGCUGGAGAGGCAGGUCCGCGACAUGAAGGCCCACAGUGCCACUAUGAUGGACAGUGUGGGAACUGCAGGCUCAGAGCAGGCUCCACCCCUUCGCAGAGCAAGUGAAACCAACGCAGACACCCAAUUGGCCAGCCAGGAGUCAAUCGAGCAUUUGGAAGGGCAUCAUGAUGGCAGUGACCUGGAGGUGGAGGUGACGUCAGAUGAGGAGGAGGAGGAGGCCAAAGCAUCACCGCGCUCGGAGAGUCCCCAUGAUCUUCAGGACAUUCCAGAGGAGAGCGAAGCCACAGCAGAACUACCACGAGAGCCUGACGUGUCACACUGCUCCCCUACUCUCAAAAAUAGGCCGACGAGGACAACAGAACUGAACUUGAAAUAGUCUUCCUCUUUUUACACUUAAAAGGAAGUAUCAUAUUCAUUUUCAAAUAUAUAUAUAUAUAUAUAUAUUAUAUUUGUUUCGUGGCUUUUGCUUUACAGUACACGACCAGUGGCAAUAUGUGACUACGCUAUUCUUUUAUGUUUCUCGAUUGGGAUUAUUUGGAUUUAUACGGCUCCCUUUGGGAAUCGAUGCUGGACUUAUUAAUGCCACCUAUUAAAGUGGCAUGAAUAACAGGAAGGGAGUUAUGCAAUGAUGAUUUUCCAAAGAAGAAUAUGCAGGAAAUGGACAGCAAAUAUAAAAGCAGUGAAUGGAUAACCAAAGCUGAUGGGGUUUUGUCUAAGUGAAUGGGACACUGCUUUAAUAAUGGUUUGGUAGCUGCUUCUUUGCAUUAGGAUGUUGGAUGUGGAUGUGUAUAUAUAGCAGGUUUGUGCUGAGACACAUGGAUAUGCACAAACACACACCACAGACACACACCACAGACACACACGGUCAUACAUGCUCACACACACACACAUUUGAGUCCUUUACAUUUCCAUAAUUAGGUUUAUCUAAUUCUCAACGCUGUUUAUGAUGCUAAUAAUUUGUUUAUUUAUUCUUCCUUCCUUAUUUAAGCAGGUAAGUUAAGACCUCUCAUGACACAAGCCAAACAUUAGAGUGACUGUAUAAGAAUGUAUUUCUCUCCCCUGAUUACCAUGUUUUUACAUAGAAACCACAUGGCAACAGCAUAAUGACAAUUAUUAUUACAAAAUGACUUACUUACUUACCCACUGGUUUGUGGUUCAUUUCCUGCAGGGAUCACAUACAUAUACUUUAAAUGCUCAAAGUAAUGUAACUCGCUUCGUGGCACAUACACUACCAUACAAAAGUUUGGGGUCACUUAGAAAUGUCCUUGUUUUUGAAAGAAAAGCCUUUUUUUGUCCAUUUAAAAUAACAUCAAAUUGAUCAGAAAUACAAUGUAGACAUUGUUAAUGUUGUAAAUGACUAUUGUAGCUGGAAAUGGCUGAUUUUUAAUGGAAUAUCUACAUAGGCGUACAGAGGCCCAUUAUCAGCAACCAUCACUCCUGUGUUCCAAUGGCACGUUGUGUUAGCUAAUCCAAGUUUAUCAUUUUUAAAGGCUAAUUGAUCAUUAGAAAACCCUUUUGCAAUUAUGUUAGCACAGCUGAAAACUGUUGUUCUGAUUAAAGAAGCAAUAAAACUGUCCUUCUGUAGACUAGUUGAGUUUCUGGAGCAUCAGCAUUUGUGGGUUCAAUUACAGGCUCAAAAUGGCCAGAAACAAAUAUCUUUCUUCUGAAACUCGUCAGUCUAUACUUGUUCUGAGAAAUGAAGGCUAUUCUAUGCGAGAAAUUGCUAAGAAACUGAAGAUCUCGUACAACGCUGUAUACUACUCCCUGUAUACUACUCCAGAACAGUGCAAACUGGCCCUAACCAGAAUAGAAAGAGGAGUGGGAGGCCCCGGUGCACAACUGAGCAAGAGGACAAGUACUAGUGUCUAGUUUGUGAAACAGAUGCCUCACAAGUCCUCAACUGGUAGAUUCAUUAAAUAGUACCCCCAAAACACCAGUGUCAUUGUCAACAGUGAAGAGGCGACUCUGGGAUGCUGGCCUUCUAGGCAGAGUUACAAAGAAAAAGCCAUAUCUCAGACUGGCCAAUAAAAAGAAAAUAUUAAGAUGGGCAAAAGAACACAGACAUUGGACAGAGGAACUUUGCCUAGAAGGCUAGCAUCCCGGAGACGCCUCUUCACUGUUGAUGUUGAGACUGGUGUUUUGCGUGUACUAUUUAAUGAAGCUGCCAGUUGAGGACUUGUGAGGCAUCUGUUUCUCAAACUGAUAAACUUGGAUUAGAUUAACACAACGUGCAUUUGGAACACAGGAGUGAUGGUUGCUGAUAAUGGGCCUCUGUACGCCUAGAUAUUUCAUUAAAAAUAAUCAGUUUCCAGCUACAAUAGUCAUUUACAACAUUAACAAUGUCUACAUUGUAUUUCUGAACAAUUUUUGAUGUUAUUUUAAUGGACAAAAAAUGUGCUUUUCUUUCAAAAACAAGGACAUUUCUAAAGAAAUGGAUUGUGUAUCUGCAAUUCAGAGAGGGAAUGGGCAAGACUAAAUAUGUAAGUGCCUUUAAAUGUGUAUGGUAGGAGUUGCCAGGCGCACUGAUUCGAGUGUGUCAAGAACUGCAACGCUGCUGGGUUUUUCACACUCAACAGUUUCCCGAGCGUAUCAAGAAUGUUCCACCACCCAAAGGACAUCCAGCCAACUUGACACAACUAUCGUAAGCAGUGGAGUCAACAUGGGCCAGCAUCCCUGUGGAACGCUUUCGACACCUUGCAGAGUUCAAUUAAGGUUGUUCUGAGGGCAAAAGGGGUGUAACUCAAUAUUAGGAAGGUGUUCCUAAUGAUUUGUGCACUCUGUGUAUAUUACUUGGGGAUUCUUCAUCACAAAUACCAGAAAGGGACAAUUGUUCAUAAUUAAUUUCAAGUAAUUACCAGAAAGAAUUAUGCUAUCACCAUGUAGUUACUAAGUAAAUACCUGGCAAAAUAAAGUUUUACCUAAAUGGACAAAAUAACCUAAUCCCUAUAUGGAUCACUUCAGCAUAAGCAAUGUAGUUUCCAAGUUUAACUCUAGUGGACUUGGUAGACUAUAUGAAAGAAGCAGUCAAAAAUACAGAAAUUGGAAGAUGGAACUGAGACAAUACGCCAUGUAAUCCAUUUUGAGAUUGAGAGAUAGGGGAAAUCAACAACUUUUUUGCCAACAUCGAAUUAUAAAACGGAGUCUUCUCUAUUAAUGACUAAACCAAUGACAUUGGGGACUGUUUUUGAACAACAGACAGCCGAGCAACCGUUAUAUUUGCCUUUAAAUUAUUUUGAAACUAAAAUGCUUUAAUUGAGAAUUUCUUUAUUCUUGUAAUUUCUUGUCAUCUUAAUUUGACUCAUGAACCAUAUUUUCCUGGCUUGCAUAGUGUGUAUCAAUCUGGCUAAAAAAUGACAUGGGCAAUGAUUUUGUGUCUGUCUUUAUUUGAUUGUACUAUAUUCAAUGUAUGUUUAUAGAAGCCCAUACUAAAGAAAUGAAUGUUAAAUCCAAAUGUUGCCUUUCAAGUUGUUGUCAUGACGUUGGCCUGGGGGUAGGUUUAUGACAGUCAUAAAUACCUCUUCCCCCCUUUUUCCUCUCUACCCUACUGAUGUUACAUUUGCAAACCCUUGGUUAACAUAGAGAUUCUGGGAACAUCAGAAGGUGGGGGAAAUUAACAAUAUUCUGGUAAUCCGACGGUGGUACUUAAUGAAUAUGAUGUCAGUUCGGUUGUCAUCUGAGACAUUCUCAUCAAUGAUAAGAUGACAAACUCUACAAUAGAAAGUCUACACAUCAGAGUUAUCGGAUUAACAUGGAAUUGUUGUUCAAUUUAAAUGUUUGAAUAUGAAAUUAUUCGUGAUGGGAUGAAAUGUGAUUUUAGCUUCUAAAAUGUGAGAUUUGGGUUUUCAUAAGAUAGGGCUGCUCAAUCAGUGGCCCGCCCCUGUGAAGGGACAUGGGUUAUAAAACUUUUCAAACACGCCCUCCUCUCCCUUCCUAUAUAAGCCCUUGACGACAAUAUAACCUUCUGUUCCGAGGACGUGAGGACGACGGUCCUAUGUCAGAAUGGUUCAGAUAAUAACUACAGAAUGAAGCCAACAUCAGCGUGAGCUUUGGUUGCGAAUGGUAUGAACUUUGAACUCUUAUUCACUACAGAAGUGAUACCUCCUAGCCGUUGAGUUAGCAACUGCAGCUGCAAACGCAGGUUAGGAAGGAGCAGACACAGAGUAUCCCGUCUACCACACAACGACGUUACUACAACGUAUCCAAUUGACAACCAGAGACAUUCUUCAAAGGACUCGGUUGGGCAACACGGCCUUCCAUCUACCACCAACCUACCGAAGCGCAGCUCAGCCCAGAGUAAAUAUUUAUUGCAUUUUCCUUUUCCAAAUGGGCGGUAAUUUAGAAUGCACAAGAUACUGUCUUUACGAUAGCACAGCUUUGGCCUUUGUUCCUCAGUCUUCCCGCUCCUUCACUCAAACCCAGCCCUUUCCUUUUGUGUAACAAGCUGUCAUAUCUGUUCCGCCCGCUAGGGACGUUUUCCUUGAUAACGUCAUUUGUAAUCAAUUUAUGAUUUCAUUAUGUGUAUGUGUAAUUCUGUGUGAUUAGUUAGGUAUUUAGUAAAUAAAUGAUUAAACCCAA